AUGAUUGAACUUUGCAGUUCACACGGAAAACCUCGUAAGAUGAUGCGAGUCGCAGUAAUCGUUGUCGUGGUGGUGGCGGUUGUGGUGGCUGACGCGGAUCUGGUUGUCGAAUCAAAAUUAGGCAAUGAAUUGGGACUGGCUGUCGAAUCAGAGUUAGUGGUCGACUCAGAGCUGGGUGUACAACAUCCGGUAGCGCAACUUUUGCUGUUUGGUAGGUGCUACCCUGGUUCAGGCGGAAAUACUAUUCACCGUCAGGAGUGCAUAUUUCACGAUCAGGACGCUUAA